AUGGCCCAGCAGUUGGAGUGCCAGUUGGCGCUCAUCAAGGAGCUACAGCAGCAGAUGGCUGAGAUGAAAGCAGCCAACAUGGCCGGGAGGCAGGCGGUCCAUCAGCAACAAGAGCAACAACAGCAGCUAAUCAAACAACAGCGGCAACAACAGCAGGAGCAGAGGAAGCAGCAGCAGCAACGACAGCAGCAGCAAAGCGAAGAAUGUGACGGCAUAUGCCCGGAGGUCAUCAUCGAGGAGGAGGAAGGAGACCCCUUCAACUUCGUCGUCCGAAAAAAAAGGCAUCGAAUAGGACUAAGGUUAGUGCUAUCACUGUAA